AUAAAAAAGUAACACUAACCACUAAUGUAGCAAACAAAAUGUCCGAAGUCCUACCAAAAUAUUUACAGCUUUCUCAAAGAGUUAUUAGAAUUCUAGGUUGUAAUCCAGGACCAGCCACUUUACAAGGAACCAAUACUUACAUUGUUGGAACUGGGAAAAGGCGUAUUUUGAUAGACACAGGAGAGCCUAAUGUACAAGAGUACAUUGAUCUUUUGAAGAGUUCUUUAGCAAAACAUUCCAUAGACAUUCAGGAAAUUAUUAUUACCCACUGGCAUCACGAUCAUGUUGGAGGUGUUGAUGGCAUCUGCAAGGCAUUUGGCACUAAAUUUUGCACAUCUAAAAUUAAAAGGGAGUCUGCUGCAGAUCUUUCUUUGCUAGAGACAAGCUAUAAUUUCAUCAAAGAUAAACAGAUCUUCACCACAGAGGGUGCUACUCUCAAAGCUUACCAUGGACCAGGCCACUCUGAGGAUCACAUGGUGCUGAAGCUGGAAGAGGAUGGAGCAGUCUUCUCUGGAGACACUAUCUUAGGGGGCUCCACUACAAUUAUUGAAGAUUUAUAUCAGUAUAUGCAGACAUUACAGGACAUCCUUGGCCUUGAGCCCACUGUCAUUUAUCCAGGCCACGGACCAGUCAUAGAUAAGCCGUUGGAGGUGAUUAAGUAUUAUAUCAAACACCGCCACGACAGAGAGCAGCAGAUUAUCAAGUUUCUGCAAGAAAGCCCAGACAAGGAGUUCACAGCUAUGAACAUUGUCUUUGGUGUUUAUAAGGGAGUCCCAGAGAAUGUCUUUGCCAUGGCAGCUCAGAAUGUGACUCUACAUCUACAAAAAUUACAGAAGGAAAAUAUAGUUGAGUCUUCAGAUGGGAAACUGUGGAAAAUUGUCUCCAAACAAAGUAAUAUGUGAAAGUCUUUUAACUGCAACAUGUGAUGUACUGAAGGUCAGGAGGAACAACUCUCUCAACAUGUUUAUUUAUAUGCUGGAAAGGAAAAGGAAAGGAACUAUUGGAAAUAUUUGUUAGGGUGUUUUGUUUUGUUUUUUGUAAAAUUUUACAAUGUUUUAACAUUGAAAGUGAAGUACACCACUAUACUUUCUGUACCUUACGUUAUUGGUAGAUUUCAUAUUCAGAUUUCUAAGUCUUUCAUUGGAAGAAAUUAUUGAAUAUUCCAAGUGAUGUAAGAAUAUAUGUAAUUUAUGCACCUAGUGCCUGAUGUUUUUGAUUACCUUGACAUUGUCUUCUUUGGAUGGCUGCCUGGUCGUGCGGUUCGCGCGCUGGACUGUCGUUCGGAUUUAUCGAUGGUCGAGGGUUCAAAUCCUGCCCGAUCCCAUCCCCCGUCGUCCUGCAGGAGGUUUGGACUAGGAAGUAAAGUAGUAUCUUCAACUCUGAAGGAACAUCCGAAACAUGGAAAACAUUUUACAACAAAACAUUUAUUUGUGCAUUUCGGUCAGUUGGUAUUUAAAAAAAAAAAAUCCAGUCUUAUAAGCUACAGAUGUUCCUUCAAAACCGAAGAUAAUUACUUCCUACUAGUAUCUAUGUGUCAAUCUAGUUGUGCAUGUUGUUGAAACAAACUCUGCUACGUCAUUGGUUUUCAAGCCUGAUUCUAGCAACCUGUUUCAUGCUCUAAUGGCACUUUUGUAGAAGGAGCACUUGUACAAAUUUGUCUUACCGUAUGGAAUAAAAAAAUGGUGCCUUAUCUUUUUUUUUUAUUUGGAUUCAUUUUUAUAGUGAAUAAUGUUAUAAAUUCAAAACUAGUUUCUUUCUUUUGUGACUUGGCUGUUGUUUAACCAACAUUGUAGAAGAAUUCUGGGUAUUUUCAUAUAAAAAAUAACUGUAGUUCGUUCCCAAUUUUUUGUUGAUGUUUCUGUUGCAUCAUUGACAGAAUAUAAAACAGUGAAAAUGCUUGCUUCUAUGACUGUUAUUAUCAAGUUGAAUGUUUUCUAUGUUAAAUGAACUAACCUACUGGUAAACAGGUUUUUUUUUGUUGGAAAUAGAAAUAUCAAAGACAUUCAACAGCUCUGAAAUUAUUGUGAUAAUUAGAUCCUCCCGUGCCGUUCGGCGCAUAGGGUGGCAAGUUAUCUCCACAAAGAUCUGUCACUGGCAAUGUCUGAUAAAGAAAUAGCCAUUUCUUAUAAUGUUCCAAAGUUGAUUUUUCAGACCUUUUGCUCUUAUUGCUGGAUUGUUGUUACACUAAAUACCCAUUUAAUUUGCUCAAUUUUUUUGAUACCGGGGUAGUUGCUAAGUAUUUUUUUUUUAGAAUUUAUUGCACGUCAUUACUAUCAUAAGAUUUAUUUGUUGUUAUGCCAGCAAUUUGGAAGGUUCUAUAUUCCCUUUGUAAAAAGAAGCAUUUCUCGGUUCUCUUUCAUUUAUUCAACUUCGAUAACGCUCAUCGUCUUUGGCCUCCUUCAGUUGUAAGAUGACUAUGACUCAUCUUAGUUAGUAUGAGACAAGAGCCUCGGCAUUAGCAAUGUUCAGAACAUUAUCGCCCACACAGCAGUUGCCCCUCGUCCAUGCAACUGUAGUGUCCAAAGGAACGGCAAAUACCCAACACAGUUUGGGGUUGGUAGCAUCGUAGGGUCAGGGGGUAACACAAUGUGCGCUGGUCGCUAGCUCCUGAUUUUUUCUCAGGGUUGACCAAAGCUUUCCUUGUAUUUAGACACAAGGCUGCACAUUUUUGUUUUAUUCAGAGAGCACCACAUUGUUCUCCAUAUGCCCACACACCAAUCAGGUCAUUCUAAUGCAGCGGUUCUCAACCUUUUAAGCUCGGCGACCCCUUUUUACAAUGUCCCACUCUGCUGCGAACCCCCCUCCUCCCUAGACACACACAGCAAUAGAAGAAUAGACAAUAACAAUCCUUAUUUUUGAUGGUCUUAGGCGACCCCUGGCAAAGGGGGUUGAGAACCCCUGUUCUAAUGGAAUGGUCACUGUCCAGUCAGAUCAUUGUAAUAGACUGGUCACACUCCAAUCCAAUCAUUCUAAUGGACUGGUCAGUGUGGUGGUCUCUUUCAAGAUUUCAUCUCGUGCACAAGCCAAUAUAUUAAAUCAACUUGUAAGUGUUCAUGUCAGGCCUAGUCAGUGAAAUUAGUUGAACAAGUUUAAAGGCAGUUUGGGUUUUCAAGGAGUUGAAGUCCAAACGUUUUAAUGGAAUAUGAUUUGAUGUUAAUGAAACCUUUAAACAUUUUAGUUAUUUUUACAAAGCUUAUAUCAACUCACUCUGUUUAGUUAAAAGUUUGUGCACAUUAUUUCUUUGACACCCAAUCUCAGAUCAAGCUGAAAUUUAGGCACAAUUAUUUCUUUUACCUGGCAACACAAGAAUUAAAUUUAACUAUUGGUAAUUAAUUAUUUUGUUUGGUAUCUCGAACAAGGGAAAGAAAUUGAACUUGACUAGCUGAGUGGUUAGAAUGUCAGCUUGAGUCAUGAGCUCGAAUUCGGGUCAUGGUAAAAAAAUAUUUAUAAUCACACAGAUUUAUUGUUGUUGGUCUAGGUCUAUUACAAAAUUAAAUGACUGGUGCAAACUAAUUGAUACAACUACAUUUCCUAUAAGCUUUGUUUUUAAUAGAAAGUAUUUUGUAUGUUUUUAUAAUUUUUUAAAUUUUUGUAUUGUUUUUUUGAAAUCUUGUCAUAAAAUGGUCUGAAGUUUUUAACCCUUAAAGUGCUGAGCUGUUUUACAGAGUGCAUACAAAAUGGAUUUACAAUUCGUGAUGUUUAGGGGCUAAUAUACCAGAUGCGUUUUAAGGGUUAAGUAAUCAAUACCUUCGUCUUAUAGAAACCUGAAAAGGAUGAUGUACUGGUGAUCAUAGAUUUUGUGUUGAGAUAUUGUUUUCUUUUUAUUAUGUAACCUGAUUUUAUUAAACACAUUUUUUUAUUGAACAAGUC